GAUGGCCUACAGUAAGUACACCCCCCAAUCCCAUCUUUUCAGUUUAAAAAAAGAAGAUGGCCGUUCUGCUGUUGUUACAACCCCCAUCUUUUCAGUUUAAGUUCCUCCCGUCGUCAGUUACUCCCAAAUAUACAAGCAGAAGCAGGCUUAAGGUUUCCUCCAGGAUCAAGGAUUUGGAGCCAUGUGUUUCGUCCAUCAAACAAGUUGAAGAAGAGGAGGAGAAGCAAAAUUAUUAUGUCAACACCGGAUAUGCAAUUCGGACCCUUCGAGAGGACCUCCCGGACCUCUUCCAUAGGGACCUCACUUUUCGUAUUUACAGGGAUGAUAUUGUCUUCAAAGACCCACUUAACAGUUUCUUUGGAAUUGAGAAUUAUAAAUCAAUCUUUUGGGCUUUAAGAUUCACUGGAAGAAUCUUCUUCAAGGCCUUGUGGGUUGACAUCAUAAGUGUGUGGCAACCUGUUGAAACCACAAUAAUGAUCCGCUGGACAGUUCAUGGGAUUCCUCGCCUUCCGUUGGAGAGGCGCACUCGCUUUGAUGCUACAUCAGAGUACAAGCUAGAUAAGAGGGGCAAGAUAUAUGAACACUGUGUCCAUAACAUAGUCUUGAAUGCUCCACCAAGAUUUCAGGUUUUAUCGGUAAUCCAAUCUUUUGGGUGCCCAAAGGCCACAUACUUUUCUGAACCAGAGAUGGAUUGACACACAUAAGAAUUGAAGGGAAAUUUUGGUAUUGUAUAGUAUGCCACUGCUUGCUUCUGUUUGUUUACUUACUGUUGGUUGUAUAUGACAAGUCCGUGUCUUGUAUGUAACGUUUUUUGUUGGAAUCAAGAGUGAGUGACUGACUGACUA